UGUGUGGCCAUUGGAGCAGGAAGAAUGUCUAUUUAAAGACUAAAUACAUCUAACGAAUCGUUUUCAUUUUCAGUUUUGAAUUUUCAUCUCUCGUUUGAAAUCGUCUGCCUUUGCUCUGUGGAAUAAUGGAACUUCAAUUGCUGUUCAUUUUAUUUUCAGCCGUGAUUCCUGAGAUUUCUUCGUUAACAGCUGAAGAUUUAAUCCCCAAACCUUAUACAUUUGGUUAUGAAGUUCAUGACAAAGACGGCGAUCAAUGGAGAUCGGAAAUUAGCGAUGGAUUGGGAAAAGUCCACGGUUCAUAUGGCUACAUCGAUAAUUAUGGCCAACACCGUGAGGUCAAGUACAUAGCCGACGAACUAGGGUUUCGGGCAGCCAUCAAAACCAACGAGCCAGGAAUGGAUAUGCCCAAUCCCGCUGAUGUUCUGAUGAUUGCUGAUCCCCCAUCCGACUACGAUGCUUCCAUCUAUGGAGUUGAGAACAUCAUACCCGAUGGAAGAACACCUUCUGGUCGAGUACCUGUCAGAUCAUUCCCCUAUGGACGUGUACCAUCAGAAAGUAAUAAUGUAGAGAAAUCUGAAAAGCCAAAGAAGUUCUACAAGUACCAAAAAUUUGCUGAAGAGUCAACUCCGCCCAUCUAUGUGGUUAAUGGUCAUUUACAAAGUCCAUGGUUUCCUAUGGAAGUAGCCGCCGUUGCUUGAACAGAACCUGUAUCAUUUAUUUACAAUUAGAUUGCAUCUAAUUUUUAUCAAUGUCGUGUAAUGAGAUAUAUAACUCAAUCUUACAAAUCAGCAUCCAUUUGGGUGUAAAUAUUACUUUAUAUUUGCAUUCUGUAUUUUAAACCCUUUGGAAUAUUUUAGAGAAUAAUACAUGGAAUUAAGAUUGUAUCGUUGCCACGAAAGAGCUGAUUGAUAAGGUGGCGAAUUCGUGAUUUUGGAGACUCGUUGAUCAAAGUAUGAAAAUAGAAUUAAACAAAAAUUAAGAACAAAAUUUAAUUUAAAAGCUGUAAAUCAAAAUGGGAAAGCGCUAAAAAGCAGCUGCAACCAAAAUUGUGUUACUUAAACGAUAUAAAUAAAAAUGGGAGAAUUUAAAUGCAAGCAAAACGAAAUCUAAAAAUGCGCAUGUUAGCCAAAACGGCAUCAGCAUGUUGGCAAGGCGGUGUGUCCCCUGAUGAAGUGCUGUUUUUGCUAACAUGUUUAUCUUUAGAUUUCGUUUUGCUUGAAUUUAAAUUCUCACAUUUUUAUUUAUAUUGUAUAAUUUAAUAAUUGUCUUUAAUCUUGUUUUGAAGUACAUAAUAGCUGUUGAGAACAGCACGUACAGCAAAUUAACAAACAUUUCAUAAAAUUGCAUAAUUAUUUGCUAACAAUAUUUUCAUAAAUCAAAUUUACUCAAAGAGCUCAUGUUUUAAAAACGACUCGGUACAAGAAAGCUUUUUGAUCACACAUUGCAACUGAGAGUUAGCAAAUACUGAUUCAAUUUAACUUUUUAUUUAAUCUUUAUGCUGGUCCUCACCUAAUUAUAUUCUGCAGCUGAUUUCCAAAAUGAGUCAUCUUUUGGGAACGUUUUCUUGAAAGUGCGCAUCGUUUCACAUGCAAAUUAGAUAAAGAAUUUUGUACCUACCCCUAGAAGAUAAAACAUUCUUAUACGUGCCAAACUUUAAAAAAGUAUUAAUAAUCUAGAUAAUUCAUUUCAGUUGUUUAAAAUAAAGUUUUAAAAUAGAUAUUGAUUUAAAUUUUUAAAACAGAUAUUGUACUACUUAGUGAUGUCUGACGAAUUUAAGGGGGAUGGCGAAAAUGUAAUUAUUUUAUUUUUCUUGUAAGAAUUGGUUAAUGAAUCGCUGAAAAAGAAAGAAUUAACGUUGUUUAAAAGUAUUGAUAACUUUAGAUUUGUUUAUUUUUGUGUUCUUGAAAAAUUCAUUGUAAGGAAAUCAGCAUAAAAUCUUGUAAAUACACAUAUGCAUGUAAAUAUUUCUUUUCAUUGUAAAUAUACAUAUCAUAUUCAUUUAUUGUGUUGUUUCAUUUAGACAAUAAAAUGUUAUGAAAUUUCA